AUGGUGGACGCCUUCCUGGGUACCUGGAAGCUAGUGGAUAGCAAGAAUUUCGAUGACUACAUGAAGUCAAUUGGGGUGGGUUUUGCUACCAGGCAGGUGGCCAACAUGACCAAGCCUACCACAGUCAUCGAAAAGAAUGGGGACACUAUCAUAUUAAGGACACAGCGCACCUUCAAGAACACAGAGAUCAGCGUUAAGCUUGGGGUGGAGUUUGAUGAGACAACAGCAGAUGACAGGAAGGUCAAGUCCACUGUGACACUGGAUCGAGGCAGACUUGUCCACCUGCAGAAGUGGGACGGGCAAGAGACAACCCUUGUGCGGGAGCUAAGUGGUGGAAAACUUAUCCUGACGCUCACCCACGGUAGUCUUCCCUUCGCAGCAAAAGGGCAGAAGAGGGCAUGA